GAGAAACGAAAGUAAAGUCUCUCUUUCUCUGCUCGCUCUGUUCGUCUCUGUGUGCAGUAAAAUGGCAGAAGCUGCUCUAAAAGCUCUGGACUCUUUCAACUGUCCGAUCUGUCUGGAUCUACUGAAGGAUCCAGUGACUGUUCCCUGUGGACACAGCUACUGUCUGGACUGUAUUAAGGGCUGCUGGGCUCAGGAUGAUCAGAGGGGGGUCUACAGCUGCCCCCAGUGCAGACACAGCUUCACUCCAAGGCCUGUUCUCAACAAGAACACCAUGCUGGCUGAACUAGCUGAGGGUCUGAGGAAGACGAGGCUCCAAGCUGCUCCUCCUGCUGGAUCUCCUGCUGGAUCUGGAGAUGUGGAGUGUGACGUCUGCACUGGAUUAAAACUCAGAGCUGUUAAGUCCUGUCUGGUGUGUCUGCUCUCCUUUUGUGAAGCUCAUAUUCAGCCUCACUAUGAAUCUCCUGCUUAUAAGAAGCACAAACUGGUUGAAGCCUCCAUGAAUCUGCAGGAGAAUAUCUGCUCUCUUCAUGAUAAGCUUCUAGAGGUUUUCUGUCGCACUGAUCAGCAGUGUAUCUGUUAUUUGUGUGUAAUGGAUGAACACAGUGGUCAUAAGACAGUUUCAGCUGCAGCAGAAAGAUCUGAGAAACAGAAGCAGCUGGUGGAGAAUCAGAGGAAAUUCCAGCAGAGAAUCCAGCAGACGGAGAAUAAACUGCGGGAGCUGAGACAGGCUAUGGACAAUCUCAGGCGCUCUGCACAGGCAGCAGUGAAGGACAGUGAGAAGAUCUUUACUGAACUGAUUGAGUCCAUUGAGAGGAGACGCUCUGAGGUGAAAGAGCUGAUCAGAGCACAGGAGAAGACUGAACUGAGUCAGGCUGAAGACCUCCUGAAGAAGCUGGAGCAGGAGAUUGCUGAUCUGAGGAGGAGAGACACUGAGCUGGAGCAGCUUUCACACUCAGAGGAUCACAUCCAUUUCCUCCAGAGUUUCCAGUCUCUCUCUGCUCCUCCUCAACCUGCAGACUUACCGCGCAUCACUAUCAGUCCACAGUUCUCCAUGGAGGACCUGAGAAAAGCUGUGACUGGAGUGAUGGAACGAGUCAAACCAGAAUUAGUCGAGUUCUCUGGAGGGAUUGUAUCUUCAUCCAUGACGCCUGAUACUCGUCAGAGACCACAAGUAACCCAUCAGUUACCUGAACCAAAGACCAGAAAGGACUUCCUGACAUAUUCCUGUCAGAUCUCUCUGGAUCCAAACACAGCAAACAGACGACUCGCUCUGUCUGAGAGGAACAGAAAAGUGACAUUAAUGCAGGAGAUCCAGAAACAUCCUGAUCAUCCAGAGAGAUUUGAAAGAAUGUUGCAAGUUCUCUGUAGAGAAAGUCUGACUGGACGCUGUUACUGGGAGGUCGAGUUUAGGGGAUAUUAUUUUGAUAUUGCAGUGUCUUAUAAAGGCGUCAGUAGGAAAGGUAAUGAUUCUGGAUUUGGCUUUAAUGAGAAGUCCUGGAGUCUGAUCUGCUACGACUCCAGAUUGUCUUUCAGUCACAAUAAUAAACAGGCUGGACUCCCUGUAAAGUCCAGCUCCUCCAGAAUAGGAGUGUAUGUGGAUCACAGUGCAGGAAUUCUGUCCUUCUACAGCGUCUCUGACACAAUGACCCUCCUCCACAGAGUCCACACCACAUUCACUCAGCCCCUCUAUCCCGGAUUUGCAGUUUAUGGUACUGAUGGUGAUUUUCUUCAGAUCUGUGAUCUUAAUUAAAAUACUAAUAAAAGCUGAAAAUGUGUUCAUCUGCAGUCGCAUGUGGACAACUAAGAACAAAGAAUCUGACAGAUUAUUAAACAACAUAUAACACAGCAGCUUUAAAUCUGUCCUGUAUGUACUGAACACUGUGGAUUGUGGACUUUUACAGAACACAGAUUUAAUGUCUUUAAUAAAUGUCCAUGUUGUGAAUAUAAAGCUGAAAUAAACUGAACAUUUUAUUUGAUUCUCAA